GGAGAGGAAGCGGAAGUAGAUGCCGGCGGGGCUCGCAGCGGGAGGCAGUGAGUGUUGGCGCCUGCGCGCUGGGCGCUCCUUGGCCGUGUGUGGUGGGUGGCGGUCCGGGGCUACUCGUGGGGCCGCGUGUGGGGCCAUGCUUGGCGGCUCAGGGGGAGCUUCCUGCGGCUUGGGGUCGCCCGCACGUCAGCCUCACGGUUUUUAGCUGUCCGGUGGCCUGCUAGCCCGGUGUUAUGCGGAUGUGGGGCUGCCUGAGAGCUGUGGGUGUGUGGCAGGAUCAGCUCGGGCCCGCACGGGAGGGAGGACUAUUGCGUGGGGUCCUUCUGUAUCACUCGGUGUGGAAAGUACAGUGUUGGGCUUUGCCUUGGUGGCCUCCAGUUACCAUGGGUGUACCUGUCUUCAUACUUGCUGGUCUCCUUGUGCAUUUUGUCUUCUUGGCCUCUAUUUUUGACAUCUACUUCAGCUCCCCUCUGGUUCAUGGUAUGACUCCUCAGCAAACUCCACUGCCACCUCCAGCAAAGCGCCUCGUACUCUUUGUUGCUGACGGUCUGCGGGCAGAUUCUCUGUUUGAAUUGAAUAGCAACAAUACUCCCCAAGCACCUUAUCUGCGUGCUAUUCUGGAGAAUAAUGGCAGCUGGGGCAUCUCUCACACCCGAGUCCCAACAGAAUCCAGACCAGGGCAUGUUGCGCUGAUAGCUGGGUUUUAUGAAGAUGUCAGUGCAGUUGCUAAAGGAUGGAAGGAGAAUCCAGUGGAAUUUGACUCAGUUUUCAAUGAAAGCAAACACACCUGGAGCUGGGGAAGCCCAGACAUUUUGCCAAUGUUUGCAAAAGGUGCUACUGGAGAUCAUGUUUAUACAUUUUGUUACACAGCAGAAAGUGAAGACUUUGGAGCACAAGAUGCAGCCGAACUUGACACUUGGGUUUUUGAUCAUGUUAAGAGCUUCUUUAAUUCUUCCAGAAGUAAUCAAACAUUGUUCUCUGCACUAAAUGAAGAAAAAGUGGUUCUAUUCUUGCAUUUGCUCGGCAUAGAUACAAAUGGACAUGCUCAUCGGCCAUACUCAAAGGAAUACAAGGAGAAUAUUAGAAAAGUUGAUGAGGGUGUAGAAGAAAUUGUUUCAAUGCUCGAAAGCUUCUAUGGAAAUGAUGGAAAAACUGCCUAUAUCUUAACUUCUGACCAUGGAAUGACAGAUUGGGGAUCCCAUGGAGCUGGUCAUCCCUCAGAGACUUUAACACCACUGAUUGCCUGGGGUGCUGGAGUGAAUUAUCCACAGGAAGUCACAUCCCAGCUCUUUGAAGACAAUUUUUUGAAAGAAUGGAAGCUGGAGAAUCUGAAGAGAAUGGAUGUCAAUCAGGCUGACAUAGCACCGCUGAUGGCUUCCCUUAUUGGUGUUCCUUUCCCCUUGAAUUCUGUGGGAACCCUGCCUCUGGAAUACCUGAACAAUAGUGAUCAUUUCAAAGCAGAGAGCAUGUUUACCAAUGCUGUUCAGGUUCUCGAGCAAUUUAAGGUUAAGAUGAGUCAGAAAAAGAGAACUACAUUGUCAUUUCUGUUCACACCAUUUAAACCACUUUCUGAUUCUGAACAGAUCAACUUUUUAAAGAAAGCAAGGCUGUAUAUUCAGCAACAAAAGUACAGUGAAGCAGUAUCUCUGUGCAAAACACUGAUUAACCUUGCUUUGGAAGGCCUGUCAUACUACCAUACUUACGACAGGUUAUUUCUGGGCCUAAGCAUUGCAGUAAGUUUUGUGGGCUGGACAACUUAUGUGAUUCUGGUGAUUAUCAAGACUCACACCAAUUUGAUUAAGGCUGCUCAGAUUAAUAACAAGGAAUCUACUGGUCCCUUGUACAGUUUUAUGUUUGCUGGGAUGAUAAUAGCUUUUUUCUUGUUGAUUCAAGCAAGCCCUUGGACAUACUAUGUAUACUGUCUGUUGCCAGUACCCAUAUGGUAUGCAGUUGUGAGAGAACUUCAUGUUAUUCAAGACCUUGCUGCAAAUCUCUGGUCACUUCCUGUUGGUCACUCUGUAGGCUUCCUCUUGAUUUGUAUACUGGGAAUUGAACUACUAGUUUUCAGCUUUUUCUACCGCUCUACACUUACUGUGGGUCUUCUUGUCUUUGCUGGCUGGCCAGUGAUCACACAGAUGUGGGUUCAAGCAAAGAGAACAACAUUGAUCUGGACUCUUCUGUGUGUGUUCCUGGCAGUGUUUCCUUUAAUGCCUGUUGUAGGAAGAGAACCAAACAUUCCUCUGGUAAUAGUGGCUGGUCUGACAACGCUUUUGAUCUCUUGCUUCUCCUUGGCAUCUUUCUCUAGAAGUGAAAAUAAAUACCGAGGUAAAGAAGAUCUGAAAGUAUAUUUUUAUCAGAUGUUCAGUAUCGCGCUUUCAACGUACGUUGUGAGCAGUACUCAUAAUAGUCUUAAAAACAAGCAAGGAUUGCCUGUAUUCAAUCAAAUUGUCAGUUGGAUGACUCUAGCUUCUUCCUCUGCGUUGCCAUUACUGAGUCCCACGUUGCUCUUCCAGCGACUGUUCAGCAUACUGCUUUCACUGAUGGCCACCUAUCUGCUCCUCAGCACAGGAUAUGAAGCUCUAUUUCCACUGGUGCUCUCUGGUUUGAUGUUGGUGUGGAUACAGAUGGAACAAGAAGCAUUGCAGCACUAUGGUCUUUCACUCAGAUCAAAGCUUGCUGUUUUCAACUUCGCCUAUGCUACUGAUAUAACUCAGUUUCGACAGCUCCACCUAGACGACAUCCGCAGGUCUUUCUUCUUUGUUUUCUUCAUAGUGACAGCCUUUUUUGGCACUGGAAACAUAGCUUCUGUGAACAGUUUUGAUCCUGCAUCUGUCUAUUGUUUCCUGACUGUGUUCAGUCCCUUUAUGAUGGGAGGCUUGCUUCUGUUGAAGGUUGUAAUACCAUUUGUUCUGGUAUCAUGUGCUUUUGAAGCUGUUCAAGUCACAACACAACUGUCAUCUAAGAGCCUUUUCCUCAUUGUUCUUGUGAUUUCAGACAUUAUGGCUUUGCACUUUUUCUUUUUGGUUAAAGAUUAUGGAAGCUGGCUUGACAUAGGAACAAGCAUUAGCCACUAUGUGCUGGUGAUGUCGUUGACCAUAUUUAUGAUGCUGAUGAAUGGACUGGCCCAGCUGCUAACUACAAAGAGACUUGAACUUUCCAGAAGGACUAAGCACCAUUCUAUGUGAUAAAGCAAUACAUGUUCCUGCCCUUACGUUCACCCUCUGGCUUCCUCUGAACCAACUUCCACUUCUGUAAUGUAAAUAUAAGUUAAUGGACUUGAGUGCCAAAAUCCCAUUGUGGAUCAGAAUGCGCUGCUGACAGAGAUUAAAUACUGUCCCAUGACUGAAAUUCGCAUUUGGAGAUUGUCAUUUAGACAUCAGAGGGGCUGAAACAACCUCGGCUUUAUUCUCCAAGUGCACUUUUUUUUUUUGAAAAUAAAAACAAUUACAAAGUUUUAUUUAAAAGAAAUAGGCAAUCAUUUUUUGUUGUUUUUUUCUUCCUGUUGUUAGAACUUUUCUGCCAGCUGUUUGUCUCACAUGCAUACUCUCAUUAGGAGUCUGCAAAGUCCUACCUUCAUUGCAUGUCUCACGUAAGUACCUCACAGACUAAAGCAUGAAUCAAAUCAGACUGGGCAGAUUUUUGUAUGUUGCCAGUGUGGCAUAUGCAUUUGCCUGUCUCUGAAACUGGGUAUAACUUUUGCAAGCUGUGUAAAUAUGAGGUUGGCUGUGUAUGGGAGACAGGUUAAGACUAGUAUGCUGUGAAGCUCUUGCUGUGAGACAAAAGGUUUUAGCUAACCUCAGUGCAAACUGUGGUCUCCUUCUGCCUCCUGUGCCAACACUUGGGCAGGCUGAGCACUAACCCAGAUCAGGUAAUCUAUCCAAAUGAAAAUGAACCUGAUUAAGGAACUAUAGAAUAGUAUUUGGACAGAUUCCCUGGUCCAGCUCAUGAUGGAGGGCAGGUAGGAAGGUUCGGACUGCAUCCGAACCUUCCUGCACUGUUAGAUCAGCAUAGAGGUUGUGAAACUGCAGCUGGAGCUAUUGGUUUGCACAGAGAGAUGCUCAUUAUGCUGUGCUGAGGAUUUUUUUUUCUCUGUUUCCAUGUUUUCCUUUCCACUUGUGUUCUGGUCUCAGUUGUAAGUGUCAGCCUGGCUAAUGGUGGCAUUGUGAGAAAACACAGACACAAAUCUCCUGUUUUUAAUGCUGAUUAGAAGGCAGAGCACAAAAACAAACAAACAAAAACCCAGGAGACUUAUAGCCUCUGCUAUCAUGGGUGCUUCUUAGCACCCAGUAAUUGUAAAGCCAUUGUAUGAGGCUUUGAGUGAUCUUUCAGCUUCAUGGCCUUUCCAACAGCAAAUGUCAGCUUCCCUGCCACUAGCCUAAAAUUAAUUAAGUCGUUCAAAAUGUAGCGCCCACCUACAUGUUGAUGCUGCGGUGUUCUUUGAAGUCAUCUUUUGCAAGAGUUAAACAGAAACAGUAUUUCUUGCUCAGCUGGAGGCCUACACAAAGCCAUGCGUCCUGCCGUUGAAGCAGCGUUUUGCAUCCACAGUAUUGCUAAAGUGGCCCCAUGAAGCAGAUCCCUGUGCGUGGUGAAGAAAGUAAGGGGGGAAAAAAAACAAGCUUUCUCCAUUGUGUCAUGGCAUCACCAACAAAUUUUGCUGCGUAGUAUCCCCACGUCACCCUUCCAAGUUGCAGCCAGGCCUUCCUGUCUGAGAGGUGAUGCAUAUGGUGCGUGGUGCUGGCAGCCAAGGCUAGACGUUCGUCAUGGGGCUACUCCAAUAUUCUUUCCAGCCAUCUGGCAUUUGGCCGUGCUCACACGGCUGUUUAAUGCAUUUGGAAACUAGUCAUCCCUGCAGGAAGUUUGGCUGGGAGAAGCCUGUCACAAAGUUCCAUCUGCUUGCUGAGUGCUGGAGAAUAUCCUGUCGUGGGCCUGCAGUCAUCCACACGGUUUCAGAAUGCCUCUUGAGAGUGCCUGAGCACUGGAGAGGGAGCCAUUUUUCCACUAGGUAGUGGUCCAGUGGCACUUCUGAGCAUGUUGCUAGCACAGCUGGCCUCAGUCACAGAACACAUUUCACAUUUGUUACAGAACAUACGUGCAGACUUGCGUGUCGGAAGGUGGGCAUGUGCCUACUGCUAGUCACCACUGCUAUACAACAAAGGCAAAGGGUAACCAUGAGUAUACUGACAGCUGCUGCCAGAGCAAACACCAUGUUAAGACUUGGGAACCUACCACACUUGUUCUCCUCAGAUCCAGAACGUCUUUGCUGUGGAGACCUAUUCCUGCCUCAGACCCAUAUUGUGUAGCUCCAAACUGUAACGUGCACAUUGGGUACCACCACCAGCUUUUGUGACUUAACCAAACUCUUGAGACCUCUGUCUGCAGCUCUCUCAUUUCAGCGUGCACAGCCAUAGGCAGCUGUACUGCUGAGCAUCCUACUCUCUCGCUAGAGCAAUUCCUUUGUAAAGUGACUGUCUGCAGAGCAAAUGCACUGAUGGGAGCAGCUGAACAGCUGGCACUGCUCUGUCAUGAAGGAAUUGACUCGAAAAGUAGGAAUGCUGGACCCACAGGGCUGCCAUCCUUUAGGCAGAUCUUCUGCAGGCAUGUCAGAAAUGCUUGCUAUCUAUGACGAGGCUAAGUGGAUGCCCUACCUAUCCAGCACAGACACUGAAGGUAUGUGUUGCCUUGAGCUGCAGGCCCCCUGAGAGAGGGUGUGGAAGCUCAGGCCUGAUGUCAUCUUUUAUUAUCUCAGGGUAUGGUAAUAAUACAUUGGCUUAGCCCACUGUGUCUGGUGCUGCUAAUAGGAAUAAUCAGUAUAUGCUGGUGUGCAGGCGAAUGGAAAUGGCCGUGUAAAGUACAACCUGCAUCAGUCACACUUUCUGCUUACGGCUUUCAUCGUGCCUCCUUCCACUCCUGUAAGAGCAUGAUGGAGAUACUGAGCAUUUGCGUCACACGUACUGUUUUUUUUCCCUGGUGCUUCUCUGGAAGGGACCAUUCUUGUUUGCUGUUUGCUCUGGUUGGCCAUCAUGCCAGCAACCUUAUCUCACCUUUCCCCUUCCCCUGCCAGCCCUGUGCAUCUCUGUGCCUUUUGUACAUUCAGUUUCUAGCAGAGGCCAAGGGAGUGCUGGAGAGGAUCUCUGCUGGAGUAUUAGGGCUGGCUCUGCCAUUCUUGUGCCUCCCCAUGGGAGGCUCUUGCUGGAGUCUUGGCCUGCACUUUUGGGUUUACUCCAGCACAGGGAAGUGUAAAAAAUUCUCCCUCUCAGCCACUUUACGCAGCCCCAUGCGGUGUGUGAUAAAGUAGGCUCUCGCCUCCUACUGAUGCCUCUUCCUUUCCUUUCCAGAAACAAACAUCAUCUGCAAUCAAAAAGUCCUUUCCCAGCUCUAGUAGCUGAGGUAGGGAACAGAAGUUUGUACUUAGGUGAGUUUAGGCUUUCUUCUGCUCUGCUAAUGGGUCUUCAGUCCUUCUUCGAGAGUGGGGCUCUGGGCACAGAUGCAGGCAUACUGUGAGCCGGCAGAGUCGUGUGGGCCAGGGCAAGCAUCAGCUGGCCCACAUGUUUUCAGCCAAGGGCGCAAAGGUAGAGCUACCCUGAGCCCUGCUGCCUUCCAUCCUUUUCUUGCAGCAGAGCUGCAGACUCUGACUCCUGGAGCAGGUGAGGCUCCCGGCAGUGGAAGUCUCUGACAGGGAAAGGCAAAUAGUUUGGGACUGCACCAUUGUUUUUUUUAUAAACUAUACCGGUGGUGUAACAGUGCUUGCAAAGCUUGUGUGUUCUUGCUUUCAGAGCCAUGGAUCCCUGAAGAACUGACCGUAAACCUGGAAUGCCCAUCAGGUGUUGUAAUGCAAGAGCAGACGAUAUAAAGAUCUUGUAAGCUUCACUGCUAGGAAUUGUUCUCUGCUAUUGGGUUAUCAGGGCCGCACAAAGCCUUUUGAUACAAGUCCAAGGAGUGAGCUGUUUCUUCAGAGAUGAUGAAGCUUAGAUUAAAUCAAGACCUCUUAUGACUCAAACCAAAUGACUUCCCCUUCCCUCCCCACAGACUAAAUCAGACUUUACAAGCUGUGGCAAUUUCAGUGCACACCACAGCUGUUACCUGAAGCCUGUAGCUGCCUUACAACUUCUUGAAUAGGAACUCGCUUUCCUGCUUUUACCCAAGCCUUGCUUUCUAGCAUCACCCUUGAACUCCUGAGUCUGGUUUGGCCAAGCCACGAUACAGGUGUUAUUUCCCAUCUGAUCCGUAAGAGUGCGAUACUCUUUGUUUCUCAGAAUUUUCUAUCCACCUGGAUGCUGAAGUCCCUUUCGCUGUGUGUUCCCCUCUUGCUGCUGAGGGUUGCUUCCCUCAAAUGCCUUUGGCAAAGAGGAGAGCAUGACGUUUUGGCAUUUGGAGAGGUCUGGAAAGGGGAAGGUGAAGGCUGAAAGCCUCAUGGCACUCAUCCCGUUCCCGUGACCUUUGAAAUCAAGCUUGUCGAUAUUUUCUCUAUUCAUUUAUUUAUUGACUUGUGCUUGGAAGCGAGCUGCAUAACUUUCUAACUUUGACAGUGGGUAAUAUCAAAUGGAAAUCAAGGAAAGCACGCUAUUUCAUUUGCAUUUUAUUCCGCAGACAGGAUGUAAGAGCAAAUGCCUUUUUUUCUUUUUAUUUCCUUUGAUGUUACAUAUGGUGAAGCUGGCGCCCAGGUUUACUGUUUGCUCGAGUCAUUACUGCUGACGAGCGUGCUGAUGGCUGGAUACAUCCAGUGACUCCUCUGAGAGAAGAUGACAAGCCAACGUGCCCAACCAGAUGUGCCUGCAACAGGAACCACACAGUGAAAGAGCAUGAAUUUCGUGCCAUCUGCAGCUCGGCUCCCGUCACCUCCAUUGCUGUGAGGUCCCUCUGGACCUCGGCCAUUCUGUGAUCAAGUGCUGGGCUGCCAAGUCCUGCUGCCUCGUGCUCCAACCAGUGGCCAAGCGAAGGACAAGGGGUGCAGAGUCAGGCCCGAGAAAUUUGAAUUUAAAAUGCUGCAAGUGCUGUCAUGGCUGCCUUCACCAUUUCUGCCUCACAGUAAGAUGGGUGGAGAGAUGUGGGGAAGCCGUGUGUCACUGCACAGCUCCUCUUCCUCGUUGGUCUGCAGCACAGCUCCAUCAACCAAAGAUCCAAAGGACCAAAGAUCCAAAGAUCCAGAGGACUGCCAUGCAGAAACAUGCUGCAAAAUCGAACCGCUGACAUUUAGGACUGGAGAACUCUCUGACUCAGGCCUCAGCUCCUCUAAUUAAACUUAGUUUAUCGCUCUUGCACAAAUGCUAAAGGACGAGGCAUGGUGAGCGCACUUCUCAUAUUGACUUUCUGUGGAGUAACCUUUUAUGUAUCUCAGUAGAUGUGUCCUUUUGUGCUGGACAUCAUUAUUCUGCCUUUUUGGCACGUGAGACAGCAUAAGAGAAGAACUGCAACCAUUUCAGCUGGGGUUGAAAUCUGGUGGUGCUUGUCCUGGUGGGAAUAUGAGCAGAGGCAGGCUUUGAAAAUACCACUGUUUUCCUUUAGUAUCAAUUUUUGUACAUAGUUAAGGGAUCCUGGAACUUACUGUACAAAACCUUGCUCCCCAGAGUUAUAUUUAACUGGUUGGAUGUUUGUUUCUCUAGAUCUCUAGAAGUGAGUGGAUAUUUUCCAUCAUCAGCAUUGAGCUUCUUGUAUCUGACCUGCUGUGAAAGAAGGUAUCUGUGUAACCACCCUGUACUUUGUCAUACAGUGGUGGUGUUCUGCAUCUAUUCUAACCUAUACUAACAUUAGUCCUGCAAAUGCUACAGGUUUGCUUGCUUUAAUGUAACUUAGCAAUUGACUGGUGUUUGCUACAGCAAGCAGAAACAAAAUAUGCAUGUCAUAUUUAAAAGAUGAAACAAUGAAGGAAAACCUCCUAGUACUUGGAAUGACAGCCAAGUCAGGACCAAAUCCAGGACCUAAAUCGAACACAAACUUUCUGAAACACCAUCCAAAGCUCCUGAUUCCUGGGGCUUUACUCCAGCCCCCAAGCAGUCUUGCCAUGAAUCCUGGCUGACCCCUGCCCCCAGCAGAGUGUGCAACAGUUUCCCUCAAAGGUCCUGCUUGGCCUCCUACUGGCCAGGGCCAGGCACUGGUGCAGUCGCAGUGCCCGUGGAUGGGGGACGUGUUGGGCCAUGUUGGGUCAUUGUGGCAGCUGGUCUGUUGCUCUGGAGCCUGUUUUCUUGGUUUGCUCCUCGUGUUUGGUUGUUAAGGAUUGUUUUACCUGUUUAUUUAUUUAUUUAUUUUCCCAAAUCGUGAUUGGGAGAGUAGCUGGUGGUCUUGAUUCAUUUUCAUAUGACUCACCUCAAGAAGUGCUCACGCUUCCUCUUAGAGAAAACGGCUGAAUGCAUUUAUUUUGCAGGCAGUUUGCUUAGCAGGGAGUAAAUUCUUAACAAAUUGCUCUACUGAGCAGGGGAAUGGACUCUGUCAUUUUCCCUUCCCAGUCCUUGCUCCUCACAGAAGUGUGUGACGUCUGGGGAGAAGCAGCCUUGCCAUUAGUGGAUGCGUGCACGGCCCCACGGGCAGGAGCGCAGAGUAACCGGCUCUGCAGUCUGCAGGUGCUGCACACUAAUGGUGUUUUAAAGCUCCGUUUCAGCAAGGCCCUGCUGCUACCUAUCACUCCAGCAUGAAGUAUUCAGACCAAGUGGCUGUGACUAUUAAUUCUUUCUGAAAAAUCAUGGCAGCCAUGAGCUUUCUGCAUGCAAAGCAAACCACCUAAGGUUUGACAGCUUGCUCCCAUCCUUGCUCGGGGUGGCGGUGCGCAUAAGAUGGAUCGACAUACGCGCUCCUGAAGGCAAAAUGCGUGGUGCUUGUCAGAAUCCUUCCUGCUUCUCAAACUCAAGAUAAUGUAGGCAGAAAGGAUGUGAUGAGAGAUGUUUAACUGCAGUUUUCAUUUCUUAUUCCUGAGUAAUGUCACCUCCCUCCCACUUCUCUGGGCGCAGAGACAUCCGUCAAAUGCCCACAGCAAGUUCGUCAUGAAAUGCCUUCUGACAGGAAUGGCAGCUUGCAGCCCACAGCUAUGAAGGAUGUUAUGAAGAUCAGCGCGAGGACAGUACAUGGGGCAAAUGCUGAGGGCUUGCGGCCGUGUCUGUGCUGUUAUCUCUCAUUCUGUUGGAACACUCCUGGAACGAUAAUUUGCUCAUAACUAGAGCCACACUUUAUGGGAAAAUGAAAGGCAGCAGAACUAGAAGAAAUUUUCUAUGUCCCCUGACAGGCGAUUCCAGGCUGCAGUGGACUUCAAGAAGUAGCUGGGACCCCCAGGGACUACAAGCUGCAUUACCCAACUGUGCUUUGAAGAAGCGAAUUGUGUCCAAGAGCAUGCCCGUCACUGUGACCUGAAUAAUUCAUCCAAGUAACAGAAAACUUGCAACACCUGAAUAGGGAAGGAGCUGGCUCCUUGGUUUGUUGCCUUUAGAAAAUCAGUCCCAACGUUGUCCUAGACUGAGAAUUUCUAUUUCAGAAAUCCUUGGCAAAGAGGGGUGCGAGGACUGCAGGGUGAGGCCCUGAAUAAAAGACUACUGUGCAGGAAUUGCCCCAGCCACAAGAGCCCGAUCUGAAUCUCUCAUGGGGACAGAACAAUGUUUAACGUAUUCCUGGGUACAAGCAGUGCCCUCUCCUCUGCUGAUGCAUAUACAGGGUUGUCUCCUUUUCAGCAGUCCCAAUAAUAAACAAAUAAAUAUUGACUUCAUUUUCACAUGCUUAACUGGCCAUAUUGUCUACCCCAGAAAAUCCAUGGGAUUUCUUAAAGAGCUUUGUUACUCAGUUCAUUUUAAAUGGCGAUGAAUCCACAGCUGCAGUGUUAAUUAUAAAUGAUAUCAUUUUCAGGAAGUGUUAAGAUGAAGCACAUUUUCUGCUGCCACGAUAGCGCUGAGUACAUCAGCAUCCCAGCAUGCUUAUUUUCCCAUGCAUACUUCAGCUUCCACACUGAAAUUUCAACCCUCGGUCCUAAUCCUGUUAACUCUUUGCCAUGUGAGUAAUGCUGCUCAGCUAAGUGUGCUUCAAGAUAGCUACUCCUGCGUGUGACAACAGGCACGAUCAGGCAAAUGUAAAAAAUAAGUCUGUAUAAACACGCAGACUUCCACAUCCCACUUUAUUUUCUCGGCUAAAUAAAGGUCUGUCUCCCUUGA